AUGGAGCAAACUCAAACUUUAGAACAAAUAAACUCUAGCCAAGAUAGUAAUUCCAGUGAAAAACGGUUACUUGCAACACAAAUAGUAGAAGACUGGGAUAUUAGUAAAAAACGUAAUGGUUAUGUCGCUAUCAAACCAGAAGAGGCACCUACACAGGAACUACUGCUACUCAAACCAGAAGAUCCCUCAUUCAAACCUGUACCUAUAGAUAUUGUUCCACAAUCAACCAAACGGACUGCUCGAGUUAAAUCAGACCCGCAAGAAAAAGCCGUCAUCACAGAGGAUAUAGUAGAACCUAUAGACCGAUGGUGGGAAAAGGUGGACAAUGAUGUCGACCUACAAAAAAUUCUUGAAUAUGAAAAUCAGAGUUCCCAUUGGGAUUACCUUGAACAUAAUGGCAUGAUUUUCACACCAGAGUAUCGACCACAUGGGAUACCAAUUAAGUUUAAAGGUGAAGUUAUACAACUAACACCAGAUUUAGAGGAAAUAGCAACCUUCUGGGCACAAUCUAUUGGGACAAACUAUGAAGAAAGUGAAAUAUACAGACGUAAUUUCUGGCAAACGUUCGUUGGGAUGCUGCCAAAGGGUCACAGAAUACGAACGGGUCGUGGUAAGCUAGAGGAUUGUGAUUUCUCCGAUAUAAGGCAACACCUAGAAAGGGAGAAAGAGAAAAAAAAGGAAAAUAAGGAAUACUAUAAGGCUCUGAAAGAAGAAGUCGCUAAAAAAGAAUAUCGCUUUAACUAUGCUCUAGUCGACUGGAUUCGAGAAAAAGUGGGGUCCAAUCGUAUGGAGCCACCUGGGCUCUUCAAAGGGCGUGGACUACACCCGAAACAAGGCUUACUGAAAUCACGCAUGUUUCCAAAUAGUGUAGUUCUUAAUCUAUCUAAAGAUGCACCUGUGCCGAAGGUGACAAUGUUUGAACGAAAUGGCCAUAGUUGGGCAGAUAUAUUCCACGAUAACUCAGUCACGUGGCUGGCGUAUUACAGAGAUCCUGUUAACGACCAGUUUAAGUACAUGUACCCGUCAGCACAAUCUAAAUUUAAAGGUCUACAUGACUUUCUCAAGUAUAAUAAAGCACGUGAACUGAAAAAACACAUAGAAACUAUAAGGAAAGAUUAUCACGCAAAAAUGCGAUCCACAGAUGUUGUAGAGAGGCAACUGGGUACUGCCACAUACCUUAUCGAUUUCUUAGCACUUAGGGUAGGUGGAGAAAAGGACGCUGAUGAAGCCGAUACUGUCGGUUGUUGUAGUCUCCGUGUGGAGCAUGUAAAGUUUGAUAAAAAGCCAAACACUAUAACGUUAGAUUUUCUAGGGAAAGACUCUAUUAGGUACUUCCAAACCGUAACCAUCGAUGAGAUGGCGUGCAAAAAUCUGGUAGAAUUUUGUAAAAAGAAACCAAAUUGUGAUAUUUUCGACAAAAUCACAACCGUCAAGCUCAACGAUUACCUCAAGGAGCUCAUGGUGGGUCUGACAGCGAAGGUAUUUAGGACUUACAACGCGUCGGUGACGCUGUGCCGUCAGCUGCGACGAUUAAAGGUCCGUAAGGCGCUCGAGCGAGGUAUAGUGCUGGAGCCCGGUAAGAGUGAUGAAGAGCUGGAGAAGCCGGUAUUGGUAGAUGUUAGCGAUGUCACUGAGCUGAUCAGUUUUUAUAACGAGGCCAAUCGUCGUGUGGCAAUACUGUGUAACCACCAACGUAGUGUGCCGAAACAGCACGAGAGCUCAAUGUCUAAAAUGCAGGCACAGGCGGAAGCCAUAGAGGAGGACAUUGCCGAGCUUAAGGCAUACCUGAAAUACCUGGAGAGCAAGCAGAGCGAGCCUUUUACAUUCAAAUCUAAAGCAGUUGAUGCAAAAGGUAACCCCCGAAAAUCAGCCACACGGCCAGGUAUGAAAUUAGAGGUAUGCCAACGUAAACUGGAGGCCGCGAUGAAGCGUAGCAAAGUACAUGCUAUAAAAAUGCGCACUAAAGACGAUAACAAAACGGUCGCACUUGGUACUUCCAAAAUCAACUAUAUGGACCCACGCAUUACAGUAGCUUUUUGUAAGAGGUAUGAAGUACCAAUUGAAAAGAUAUUUAACAAAAGUUUACGGGUCAAGUUCCCGUGGGCUAUGUACGCUAGCGCAGAUUAUAUAUUCUAG